CACUCCCUCCCGCCGCCCCCCUCCUCCUGGCGGCGGCGGAGUGAGGCUGACGGGGGGCACUGGGAGCCCCCUGUCCUCCUGGCGGCGGCAGCGGCCGAUCCCCGGCUCCGGCGCGAGGGGCGGCCGCAAUGCGCUCGGCCUGAGGCGGUCCGGCCUGGCCUUACCUUGCUUCCCUUGACUGUUCCACGGCGUCUCUGCGCCCCGGCGUCAUUCUGCGAGUGCCCCUGACGGGAGGGAAGAUGGCUACACGGAGCUGGCUGGACGAGGUGGCCCAGCAGGCCGAGGAGGGCUCAGCCCGGCUGCAGGAAAUGCUCUCGGUCGGCCUAGGCUUUCUGCGCACCGAGUUGGGCCUCGACCUGGGGCUGGAGCCGAAACGGUACCCGGGCUGGGUGAUCCUGGUGGGCAUGGGCGCGCUCGGGCUCCUGCUGCUCUUCCUGCUCGGCUACGGCUGGGCCGCGGCUUGCGCCGGCGCCCGCAAGAAGCGGAGGAGCCCGCCUCGCAAGCGGGAGGAGGCGGCGGCCGCGCCGGGCCCGGCCGCUGACGACCUAGGCGUGCUGAAGAAUCUCAGGAGCGAGGAGCAGAAGAAGAAGAACCGGAAGAAAUUGCCGGAGAAGCCCAAACCAAACGGACGGACCAUCGAAGUGGCUGAGGAAGAGGUCGUCCGAACUCCUCGGAGUGCAGCAGCUAAGCAGCCAUUAGAGACACACAAGAAAAAUGAAAAGUCAAAGAAAAAUAAGAAGAAAUCAAAGUCAGAUGCUAAAGCAGUGCAAAACAGUUCACGCCAUGAUGGAAAGGAAGUUGAUGAAGGAGCCUGGGAAACUAAAAUUAGUCACAGAGAGAAACGACAGCAGCGUAAACGUGAUAAGGUGCAGUCUGAUUCUGGUUCAUUGGAUUCAACUAUCCCUGGGAUAGAAAAUACCAUCACAGUUACCACCGAGCAAGUUACAACUGCAUCAUUUCCUGUUGGUUCCAAGAAGAAUAAAGGUGAUUCUCAUCUAAAUGUUCAAGUUAGCAACUUUAAGUCUGGAAAAGGAGAUUCUACACUUCAGGUUUCUUCAGGAUUGAAUGAAAACCUCACUGUAAAUGGAGGAGGCUGGAAUGAAAAGUCUGUAAAACUCUCCUCACAGAUCAGUGCAGGUGAGGAGAAGUGGAACUCUGUUUCACCUCCUUCUGCAGGCAAGAGGAAAACUGAACCAUCUGCUUGGGGUCAAGACGGUGGAGAUGCUAAUGCAAAUGGAAAAGACUGGGGAAGGAGUUGGAGUGACCGAUCAAUAUUUUCUGGCAUUGCUGCUUGGUCUAGUGUGGAUAGGGGAAUGAAUACCUCUGAACAGAAUUCUGCUUCUUUUGCAUCUCUCACACUUAACUCUGCUGUUUCUGGGUCUACUGCUGAGCCAGUUUCUCAGUCUACCACUUCUGAUUAUCAGUGGGAUGUUAGCCGUAAUCAACCAUAUAUCGAUGAUGAAUGGUCUGGGUUAAAUGGUAUGUCUUCUGCUGAUCCCAGCUCUGAUUGGAAUGCGCCAGCAGAAGAGUGGGGAAAUUGGGUAGAUGAAGAAAGAGCUUCACUUCAAAAGUCCCAGGAACCAAUUCCUGAUGAUCAAAAAGUUUCAGAUGAAGAUAAAGAAAAGGGAGAGGGAGCUCUUCCAACAGGGAAAUCUAAAAAGAAGAAAAAGAAAAAGAAGAAGCAAGGUGAAGAUAACUCUCCUGCACAGGACACAGAAGAAUUAGAAAAAGAGAUUAGAGAAGAGCUCCCAGUGAAUACCUCUAAGGUCCGUCCAAAACAGGAAAAAGCUUUUUCUUUGAAGACCAUAAGCACUAGUGAUCCAGCUGAAGCGCUCAUCAAAAAUAGCCAGCCUAUCAAGACUCUUCCACCUGCUAUUUCUACCGAGCCAUCUGUUAUUUCAUCAAAAAGUGAUUCUGACAAGAGCUCUUCCCAAGUGCCACCGAUGCUACAAGAAACAGAUAAAUCCAAGUCGAAUACUAAGCAAAAUAGUGUGCCUCCUUCACAGACCAAGUCUGAAACUAGUUGGGAAUCUCCCAAACAAAUAAAAAAGAAGAAAAAAGCCAGACGGGAAACGUGAAUAUUUUUUUUUCCUGAAUUGGACAUGUGUUUGCAAACACUGUCUUGAAGAUUAUGCUGUUUAUGCAAUAAUUUGUGAACAUGUACAGAGUUUUAUAUAAAUUUAAACCAAUUUUUAAAACAAAACUGUGAACACAACCACCGUAAAAAUGGAAUCAAAGGAAAGUUAAUUUAUGAAAUUAAGAGGUCAGCAGAAUUGGAAGACACUUGGGGAAAGUCUUUUCAAUCUAACAAGAACGAUCUUAAUUUAAGAAUAUUAUCCUGGUUUUACAACAGUGCCCUGUUUACAACAGAUUGUUCCCUGUCUCAUCUGCAGCUGAGGAAUAAAGGAUUCUGAUUAGAGAGAGGGUUGCCUACAUAUUCGUAGGCAGCUUCUUGGAUCUUAUGCACGGAACUUAAACCAUUUGAAUCUGUUUUAUGCUUAAAUCAAAGUGCUUUGAUCAAAUGCAUAAUCUGCCAUAUCUUUACAUAUUUGUUGGUAGCAAUUUGUAUUAAAGAAAUCACAAGUGCAAAUAAAAAGUCAUUUAUCGUUUGUUUAACUAAACUGUCAUGGUUUAGUUUACAAUUUUUAAAAAGUUCUUAAAACAUUCAAAAUGCAGUUGACACUUGUAUGGCUUAUGAAGUUAUUUUUGAUAGUCUUACUUUACUUGAAUUGUUCAAAGUACAGUAUAUUUUAAGUUAAGAAAGGUAAACUAUAUAUUUGUUUUAUACUUUUAAGGUUCAGACUCACAAAUAAUGCUCUUGUUGAUGAUUUGAAAACUUUCAGGCAAAAUCCACCUUACAUUUUUUCCUUUCCCUAGCAAUUACUUUUUUUUCCAGCACCAACUCUUCAUCAUUACUAAUACUUUUUUGACUUUAAAAAUGAAAUCUUUCACAAACUAGUUAUACAGACAGAACUUUGAUUAUAUGAUGGAGAAUGAAAAACUAAAGUCAGACAGCUUUAAUUGACAUUGUCAAGACCUCCAGUUAUCAGGAAUACAUUUUUUUACUGCCUUAACCUGUAGUGCGUAGAAUAUGCAUCAAUUUCUUGAAGGGGAUUCGUGUUUUUAUAAGAAUUUUCAUGUAAUUAUUGCAAUCGUGAUCAAAUAAGGAACGUUUCCUGCUUGAAACUGUAUUGAUUUAAAUGAUGUGUGAGAUGUUUCACCAUUUUCAGGCACUGUGUAAUUCUAUUGUAAUAAACUGGCAGGUAUCUUUGUAACUAUAAAUAGUGCAUGCUCAGCCAUGUACACUGUAAAUAGCCUUUACCAAACGUGUUUGACAAGGACCAUAAUUAACAUCACUUAGUGAAUUGUGAUAAAGAAAAAAAGCCAUGAUUUAUUCGAUGUGAUUGGCUUAAUUGUUUUCCUGUGGCGCCAAGAAUGAAACUGUUUAACAGCUGUAACCAAUGGUACUGAUCUGUCCAUCCAAUCUUGUCUUUAUUAUAUUUGACUGUGGUUUGAUAGUAUUGCAUUGUCACACUAGGAAAGCUAAAGAAACAAAAUGCUUUUAGUUUUGCUGAAGACUGGCCUUAUUAAUGGACAGCUUUCCUAACAAGUGAUUAUUAACUUUUAUCAGGUGUUAACAUCUGUUUCAGGAACAUGGCAGUAUGUUUACAUGUCAGAAGUUUUGUUUAAUUCUAUAUUUCUAAAUUGAUUUGUUUAAAUAAAUUCAGCAAAUGGA